AUGUAUUUCUCGAAGAGUGUUAUUGCCGCCAUGGCUUCGCUCGUGGCCCUUGGCCUCGCCGCCGACCCUCUGUCUUUCACUUCCUGGCCCAAGGAGCCCCUUCAGGCUGGCAAGCCUGUUACCCUCACAUGGAUUGGUGCUGAUGCUGAUAAGCCUGUGACCAUCCUCCUCCGCCAAGGGUCCUCGGGCGAUCUGCAGGACGUGAAGCCGAUCACUACUGACGGCAAGGGCGGCACCUUUACUUGGACACCUGACGACGAUAUCAAAAGCGGAAAUACCUACGCCUUCCAGAUCAGACAGAAAGACGAGACUAACUAUACCGCUCUACUGAAGUCGGUCGCAAAGCCUGUCGCCGAUGUUCACGAAGCCAAGGAACUCAAGGACACCACCUCCGAAUCUGGCACUGCGGCUGCUUCUUCUGCUGCAACCAAUGGUUCACCCACCGGCGCUACCGACACUGCUGCUGUUCACACCAAACCCAUAGGUGAUGCUACCCAGACGACGCAAGGAACCCAUACCACAAUGACCAGCACUGCCAGCAAAGCCCUCAUCAGCUCUUCCACCCACUUAUCUGCCAGUCCCUCAAGCUCUGCCGCUGCUAGCUCCACCGAGAAACUGAUGGCUACUGGCACUGAGGUUGUCGAGGGCAAGGAACCAUCCUCCACUGGAAGCAUGCAAACUGGCGCUGCUUCUCUCCCAGAGUACUCCGUACAAUUGGUAAUUGGUAUCGCCGGUCUCUUGGCCUAUUUUAUCUAG